AUGCCGCGUUUACCCAAGCGCACGAGCGCGCGAGACGGGAGCGAGGAGGACGAGGAGGAGUACAAAGCGAUCGGUGAGGGCGAGGAUGAGAGCUCGGAGGAUGAUUGCGAAGCGAUGGACGACGACGACGGCGCGAAGGACGCGAACGCGCGCCCGAGGGGGGCGCGACCGGAGGUGUGGCGACCGACGACGACGGAGGACGCGGACGUGGAGCUGGAGUACGAUGAGAGCGCGUACGAUGCGUUGCACGCGUUCUCGCACGAGUGGCCGUGCCUGACGGUGGACGUGUUGCGGGACGAAAGAGGGGAGACUCGUGAGUUGUUCCCGCAUGAGAUGCUCUUGGUGACCGGGACGCAGGCGUCGGAGGCGACGAAGAACGUGGUGAGCGUGAUGCGGGUGAGUCGGAUCAAGAAGACGCGGAAGGACGCGGACGCGGACGAGGACGAGGACAUGGAGGCGAGCGAUAGCGAGGACGACGGCGUCGCGAACGCGCCGACGUUACACGUGGCGAGCGUGAUUCAUCACGGGUGCGUGAACAGAGUACGGGCGAUGCCGCAAACGCCGACCGUGGCGGCGACGUGGAGCGAUUCGGGGCACGUAAUGGUUUGGGAUCUGAAAGUGCAAAUGUUAAAGGUGAUGUCGGCGACGAACGACACAAAGGGGCAGUUGGAGGCGCCGGCGCGCGUGACGCCCUCGCAGGUGUUCACAGGACACAAGGAUGAAGGAUACGCCUUAGAUUGGUCUCCAGCGACGGAGGGAAGGCUCGCGAGCGGCGAUUGCGCCGGGGCUAUUCACAUGUGGGAGCCCAUAGCGGGUAAGUGGGACGUCGGCGCUACGCCCUACACCGGGCACACGUCGAGCGUGGAGGACAUCCAGUGGUCGCCCACAGAGCGCGACGUCUUCAUGUCAUGCUCGGCCGAUCAAACAGUGUGCGUGUGGGACGUACGUCAGCGCGCUAAACCGGCGAUGCGGGUUAAGACGCACGACUCGGACGUCAACGUCAUGUCUUGGAACCGUCUGGCAAACUGCAUGGUCGCCACUGGCGCUGACGACGGGUCUCUUCGAAUCUGGGACCUUCGAAACUUCAGCGAAACGAACCCACAGUUCAUCGCCAACUUUACGUUCCACCGCGACGCCGUGACGUCCGUGGACUGGGCGCCAUUUGACUCAGCGAUGCUCGCGUCUUCGUCCGCCGACAACACCGUCUGCGUGUGGGAUUUAGCCGUCGAGCGUGAUGCCGAGGAAGAGGCCGCCGCACUCGCCGCCAGGGACAACGCGUUACCCCCCGAGGACCUCCCAGCGCAGCUCAUGUUCGUCCAUCAAGGGCUGAAGGACCCGAAGGAAAUUAAGUGGCACAAGCAAAUUCCGGGCAUGUGCGUCACCACCGCGUUCGACGGGUUCAACAUUUUCAAAGCCUACAACGUCGGUCCGGCCGUCGCGUAA